CUAAGCGACGAGGCUAGGCGACUUAUCAUCAUCAUCAAUUUAGUCAUCCUCAGCAGUACCCUGGGCGUUUUCGGCAUCAUCGCCAACAUCAUCAACAUCAUCAUCUUCUACAAACAGGGCCUCCACACACCGGUCAACAUCGGCUUCAUGGGGCUGGCCUUCUCCGACCUCUUCGGCCUCGUGACCCUGGAGUGGUACUGCCUCUGCUUCAAUCCCCUGUUCGUUGGAUCUGACGUCAACAUCGUGCCGUCCGAGGUCCAGCAUCUGACGGCGGGGUUCCCGCACGCGUACUUCGCGAGGACCACCGCGUGGAUAACAGUGUACCUGACCGCCGAGAGGUGUCUCUGUAUUGUGGCGCCCUUAAAAGUGAAUCGGAUUCUUACGCCGGCACGCGCGGCGGUCACCAUUUGCUGCAUUUAUUUUAUCCUCCUGCUGCCGCUCGUGCCCGAGUAUUCCACCGUGCACCUGUCAUGGCGGACUGACCCCGAAACGAACGUCACGCUGCUCGGCAUUGUUCUCACCAACCACUUAUCGGGGGUGGACGGGCUGUCUUUUUUACUCUACGCCAUAAUUAUGGUAGCCUCGUUCCCGCUGGUCGUCCUGCUGACGGCCAUUUUGAUAUUCAAGCUCAGACAGAAAACGAAAUGGCGUCAAACCUCGGCGCCCGCGAACAGCCGAUCGGAGAACGUCUCCAAGCGUGACAGUAACGUGAUCAGAACCGUCGUCGUCAUCGCGUGCCUGCUGAUCGCGUGCUACACCCCGAGCUUUCUCUUCUCCACGGUCGGCUUCGCUGUCCCGGGGUUCAGCAUUCUCGGCCGACAUCGGAACUCCUUCUUGGCCAUGGCCACCUUCGGGUUCCUGUUCGACGCGGCCAACUCGAGCGUGACAAUUAUCUGCUACUUUAAAAUGAGCACAAAAUACAGG